UGAGUUAUGGGUUUUGACUUAUGUGAUAUGUCAUGUCAUUUACUGUUUCGACGAAAGCGUUCUUUCAAAGCAAAACUUUUUUGAAAAUACUAAAUUAAAUUGUAAAGCUUUAACGAAAUUUUUUCUGAUUCGUCUUUAUAAACAAUCAUCAAUCAUGGCGAAAAUGGCAUUUCAGCACCAGGCCGGAACGGCUAUGGAGUGUCUUAGCAUACCAAUAACUCUCCAAAAAGAGGCUGGUGUAGACGCCGAAGGACGUGAAGUAAUGAAAUGCGGCUUCAAAAUAGGAGGCGGUAUUGAUCAAGAUUUUCGUAAAAGCCCGCAGGGCUAUACUGACAACGGUAUAUAUGUAACAGAAGUACAUGAAGGGAGUCCAGCAGCAAAAGCUGGUUUAAGAAUGCAUGAUAAAAUUCUGCAAUGUAAUGGAUAUGACUUUACUAUGGUGACACAUAAAAAAGCUGUUAGUUACAUAAAAAAACAUCCAGUAUUAAAUCUUUUAGUAGCAAGGAAAGGUGUAACAUCAACUUAAUCAACUAUGUUAUCACAAAUUUUUACUAAGUUAUUGUUCUAAAAUAAUUUUUCAGAACAUAUUGUGGUUUUGUAAUGUUAUUUAUUUGUUAGAAUAUGUUUAGAUGUUUAAGUUUGUAACAUAUUGUUAAGAAAAGUAUAAAUUCAGUUAAAGCGUUUAUAUUUGUUGGUAACUAUUUCAAUUUGGAUAGUUUUUCAUUGCUUAAAUAAAGAAAUAAAUAUAUUAUUUUUACAAUUUUAUAUGACAAAUAUUGGAGGUAAACCUAGUAUUGAUGUGGUUUAUGUGGAGGAUUUAAAUAUUAUUUAAGCUAUAAAAAUCUGUCCUGCAAGGAAGUAAAUCAACUUUUCUAGUUACCAUUAUUAAUAUAUACAAUUUGAUUAUAAGAGAAAGGAAAAUAUGAAAUAAAAUGAAAAGGUUCAAGGCUAUAUUUAUUUAAGGUCGGCCAAUGUUUAUUAUUGUAAAGAUAAAAAGUAUUAAAAUUUUGAGUAUUCACAAAAUUUUUAGAAAAUAUGUAGAUUAUAUUAUUUUUGUAUUAAUUAAAACAUUCCCAUUUUUCAUGUUCAUGUGCCAAAAGUGUUAAAAAAUAUUAUAUUAAUUCAAUUUCUGUCCAAAGUUUAAAAUCAUAUUCACCAAAGAAAAUAUUAUUGCAUCAUACAUAUUAUAAAUGAAAUGAACUCAUGUAAUUAAAUAUGACAAAUACAAAUCACAUACAGACUAAAUUAAAUCUAAGUUUUAAUUUAAGCUAUAACGGGUUGUUCAAAACAUAAUUAUUAAAAGAGAAAAAUAUUGCUAACUAAAUCUGCAAAAUUACUUGAACAGUUUUCUAAUAGGUAGGUAUUUCAUUUAAUGCAGUGAAUUGAAGAGAGAUGAGGAAAUGUGUAAUUUUUUACACUACCCUUUUAUGUUCUGUAAAUAAACAAUUUUCAUGUAAUAGAUAUAAUUUUAUACUUUUAUCUUCAAAUAAAACAUUUCUAUUUCAGA